AGUCAGUGUAAAGUUCUCCAUUCCCAACAUCAUAGUGGAGCCAACGCUAGAUGUUGUACAAAAUGCCAUUACACAAACAGCCAAUGCUAUUCUUGAAGCUAACAAUGAUGUUUCAUGGAUGAAUGAAUCAGGAGAGGACUCUUUUGGUAAAAAAGUAAUCAGUGACUCCAAUGUACAAGAGCUCUAUUCUCAACUCACUUCUGUAAUUGAAGAACUUGGAAGCCAGGUGAAUCGACACCUGUUCCACUUCAGUUACUACAAUUUCCUUUGGAAGGAUGACAUGCAUGGCAAUUUCAAUGAGUUCAUAGCCGCUGAACCAGGGAUGGUGGCAAUCAAAAGAGAGGUGGAGCGCUAUGUUUACUUGGAGCAGAAAGUUUUGGGAAUUCCAUCUGUUCUUCCUAUUGGCCCUAUCAGUUUGUUUUCUGAUCCCAUUAAAGACAGCCUUCAUGGCUUUUCUAUUGCAUGGAAAACGAAAUUUGCCUCUGUUGUACAUGAGGAAGCCAAGAAAAAUCUGGACAGCGUGGUGUUGUACAGGAGUAAUGUUAGACAGAGGCUUGAGCAGCAUGUGCAGACACUGGAUCAGCUGAACUCUGCCCUACAUUUGUUGGAAGAACUCAGAGACAUGGAAAAUAAAAUUGAUGGCAUUUAUUUACCUAUUGAAACAAUGUAUUCAAAACUAAGAGAAUUUGACCUCCGGUUACCUAGAGAAGAAGUUGAAGAAGUUGACCAUCUGAGAGAAAAAUGGGCUGAACUUCUAGAGAUAGCAGAUCAAGUGAGAGAUGUUCUUCUUAAAGAAAGACGAGGUGCUUUUGAGCAAGAGCUAGACAAGCAAGUCAAGACUUUUGUUGUGGAAGUGAUUCAGUUCCGCAAUGCCUUUGAUGCCCAAGGCCCUGCUGUGCCUGGCAUUCAGCCAUCAGAAGCUGUGUCAAGGCUGCAAGACUUCCAGUACAGAUACACAAUAUAUGAUACCAAGCGCAAAACUCUGGACUCUGUAUCAAAGCUCUUUAGCAUUUCAUGCAAGCCAUUCCCAGAACUGGAUAAAACAGGAGAAGAACUUGAUCUCCUUAGUCAACUUUAUGGAUUAUUCCAAAAAUUUAUCAAGUUUGACAACAAAUUUAGAGAUACGUUAUGGGCAGAAGUGGAUCUUGAGGCCUCAUCAUCUGAAGUUGAAGGCUAUUGGGAUGAAUGUUUGGCCCUGCCCAGUAAGUUAAAGGACUGGGAAGCUUACAAUGACUUGAGAACAAAACUUCAGAACUACUUAGAGGUUUUCCCAUUGCUGCAGAAGUUAGCUUCCAAGGAAAUCCGCAACCGACACUGGCUACAAGUCAUGCAUGUAACACACAGCUCCUUUCAGCUGGAAGGCAAUGUCUUUAAACUUUGCCAUCUUUUGGACAUUGGACUAAUCAAACACAGAUCAGAAGUGGAAGAGAUAUGUAGAGGAGCCAGCAGAGAGCUGGAGCUUGAGAUUAAGAUGAGAGUCACUGAGGAGGAGUGGACUGAACAGGUGUUGAACUUUGAGCACUAUAAGAAGAGGGGCCCAAUGUUUUUAGACAAAGCUUUUACAGAACGUUUGUUGGAGCAAUUAGAAGAUGCUGAAGCUUUACUGGCAAUGAUGCUUACAUCAAGAUAUAUUGGGCCACUAAGAGAUGAGGCAGCUUCAUGGGCUGAAAAGCUGAAGGAAGUAGCAGAAGUGUUGGAAUUGUGGCUGGAAGUCCAAGAUCUGUGGCAGUAUCUGGAAGCUGUCUUCAGUAAUUCACUAGCAGUCAGGGAAUUACCACAAGAAGCAAAAAGGUUUGCCAGGAUAGACAAAGGCUGGACUAAGAUGAUGAAAAGAGCAUUUGAUACACGCAAUGUGCUUCAGUGCUGCUAUGGUGGUGAGGUGCCUAAAGCUGUUGUACUGCGCCACAUUCAUGAGGAGCUGGAGAUUUGCUUUAAAAGUCUGAUUGGUUAUUUGGACAACAAAAGACGCAUGUUUCCCAGAUUUUAUUUUGUAUCUGAUGCUGUUUUACUGGCUCUGCUCAGCCGUCCCAAUGACCUGGAAUCUGUUCGACCUCAUCUCAGGUCGAUCUUCAGUGCAAUCUCAGACGUCAAGCUUGAAAAAACCCAUGAAGUUGAUGUAGAAGACAGUGACCAUGAUACUGAAGUGAAAGAUAAUAAGGGUACACAUCAGACUCGCAGCAAAAGGCGCAACACUGGUCGGACUGGGUCACCUAGAGACAGAGAUCGGGCCUCUAGUACAUUGUCUGCUCUCACACGCAGCAACACUCCUCCGAAAAUUGAUAAAAGGCUGCAUCAAGUUUAUAACAUCAACCCUAGUGUGAUCCAGCACGUACCCAGCAUGCUGCCCUCUGAGGGUCUGGUUGAUGAAGUCAUUAUAAUGGAUGCUGUAGCUGUGCACAGCUCUGAUGGAGAAGUUCUAAACCUCACAGAAAAAGUGACAAUUACAGAUGGUGUUGAGACAUGGAUUGGUAAGCUAAGAGAUUCUGUUGGUGACACUUUGCAUUCUCUCAACCAGGCUGUCAUUACAGACUGCAAAAAUGGGAUUGGAUUAGAAGAAUGGCCACUAAAAUAUCCCUCGCAAGUGUGUAGAACUGGCAUGCUCUUCCACUGGAGUGCAGAAUGUGAGAUAGCCAUAGCUGAUUUAAAGUAUGACAGGAAGUCUUUGCAGGGAGCUAUCAGGAAAUACAAUCUGGCAACAAGUAAACUUGCCACUGUGCUGCAGAGGGGGUCCUGGCGAAGUUCUGAUGAACAAAUGAAACCAAAACAUAGAGUUCGUCUAGAGGCUAUGAUCACACAAUCUACAUAUCUCAAAGACAUACUGGAAAAUCUUUGCCACAGAAAGCUGAGGGAUACAACAGACUUUGAAUGGAGGCGAAGUGUUCGAUGUUAUCUCCAGCCAGAUCCAUCUUCUGUCCAGCAUUUGCCAUCCUCUGCUUCCACAGAGAGGUCCCAGGCAGUUACUGAUACCAAACCUUCUCCUCGAAUAUGGAUCCUUGACUCCCAUUUUGAACAUGGUAAAGAGUUUUAUGGCACAGAUCCUGGUGUGUCACCAACUCCAGUGACAGAAAAAUGCUUUCUCACAAUGUCUUUAGCACUGAAGCAAAUGAUGGGAUCCAUUCUGAUAGGCUCUUCUGGUGUUGGAAAAACAGAAACUGUCAAAGGUUUAGCCAAUAUUCUUGGCAACUUCUUAGGCUUGUUUCAAGUGUCUAAUGAACAGAGUCCAUCAAGUAUUGGAAAGAUUGCUCAAGGCUUGGCCAUGGAUGGGUGUUGGGGCUUUUUAAAAGGUGUCCAAAGCCUAAACCCUCAAGGGUUAUCUGUUCUUGUUGAUCAUGUGCAGUCUAUAGUACAGGCUUUGAGAUCAAAACAAACAUACAUGCAACUAGUGGAUGGCACAGAGAUUUUGAUUAAGAAAUCAGUUGGACUUUUCAUGAGCAUUGAUGUGUCAGAACUGCCAGCCGCUGAACUCCCCAGUGAUGUAACAGAGCUGUUCCGCACCAUUUCACUGGUGCAGCCAGACAUUGGGAUGGUCCUUAAAGCUAAAUGUGCUGCCCUGGGAUUCAGGGCGCCAGCUGUACUAGCUAACAGGCUGAAGAUGCUUGCAGAAUUAGUCAAAGACCAGCUACCUAGUCAAGUCCAUCAUAACUUCACUACACAAGCUUUCAUUGGUGCACUGAAAAAAGCUUCCUUAAAAAGACGCAAAGACAAGGAUGAGAAGAACACUGAGAAAAACAACUUGAAAGAUGAUGCUUCUAGAUCAGAAAGUCAAAGUUCUGAAGUCCCAACUGGCAGAACAGUAGGCAAUGCUGUAAACAAGCCUGGCCAGCUUGGCGGUCUUAGAAAAUCUGGCUCACUUAACCCAUUGACAGUUCAGGCAAAGCAGGAGCAUUCAAUUGUCUGUGAAACAAUUGAAGAAAUUAUGGGUCCCAGGUUAAUGACUGAGAAUCAAGUUUUGUUUAAAAACAUCCUGAAAGACUGUUUCACUAAUCUGCCCAGUGCAGAUGGUAAAUCCUCUGCCAAAGGGCGUAAUACAAGUUCAGCAAAACAAGCCCAGGGUUCACAAAUGAAACAAGCCACUGACCUGGAGCCAGCUCUAGAGAAAGCUGCUGUGGAGUCUGGGUUAGUUCCCCACAAACCUUGGAUCACUAAAUGCAACCAGUUGUACACACUGUCCCAGGUUUACAAUGGUGUAAUAGUAGCAGGACCUCCAGGCUCUGGGAAAUCAACCUGCAUUCAAACAAUGGUUGACGCAUUAUGUCUGCGCAAUGAAAGCUUAGAAGAGAAUACCAAAUCCACAGAAGGUGAAAGCAUGCACAAGCUGUUACAUAUCAACCCAAUGGUUGUUGAUGACACAGCUCUCAUCUUUGGUUGUCUAGGCAACAAUAACGACUGGAUUGAUGGGAUCUUCACACAUGCUAUCAGAAAAGCAAACAGAAACAUCAGCACCACCUGGAUGUGUUUGGAUGGAUGCCUGAGCCAAAACUGGGCUGAUAAUUUCAAUAGUAUUUUAUCUGGUGACAAGGUAUUACAUUUAAAAAAUGGAGAUAAGCUGUUUUUGAAUGACAACAUUAUGCUGUUGUUUGAAACUGAUGACUUGAACCAUGCCUCACCCAAUACUGUCUCAAGUUGUGGUAUCCUCUACAUAGAUAGAGAUGUUGUAGGCUGGAAACCUAUUGCUAAGGCCUGGCUGGAUACCAGAUCACAGCUAGAAGUACAUGUGUUGCAGAAGUCUUUCCAGAAGACAUUGGAUCCUAUUAUGAACUUUGUUCAUUCAGAGGCUAAGCCUCGUCUCCAGCUUAGUGAAGUUGGCAUGCUGAAAACUUGUCUUGGUCUUUUGUCUGCCAUGCUGGCAGACAACAUUGAAGUGUCUGGUGAGCUCCACAUUGAAAGGCUGUAUCUCUUCUGUCUGAUAUGGACUUUUGGUGGUCUUCUUGACUCCAAUGACCGCAAACUCUUCAGUGAUUUGUUGACAACAUUGUCAACUGCGUUACCAGAUGAUGACAGAGAUAUUAGUGUGUUUGACUACUAUGUGGAUGAGUCUGGAGAGUGGGAUCCAUGGCACUCUAAAGUGCCAGAAGCUGUCUAUGCAGACAACCAGGAUGUGCUGGGGGAAGUUUUUGUUGAUACAGUAGACACUAUUCGAACCCGUAUCCUUAUGGAGUUUUCAGCUGCUUCAGGAAUGAAUGUGCUACUAGUUGGUCCUCAUGGAUCAGGAAAAACUGCUCUAAUUAAUGACUUCAUCAACAGUCAAGAUCCCCAGAUAUCUGUCUGCAAGCACUUGGUGUUUUCUGGAGCUUCAGUAGCAUUACAGCUCCAGCAGUUUAUUGACUCUAACAUUUAUCAUAGGCAAGGUUUUGUGUUUGGAGCAAAAGAUAACAAGAAGCUCAAAGUUUUCAUUGAUGACCUCAACCUUCCAUCUGCUGACAAAAAUGGCAUACAAAGAUGCAAUGAACUUCUGAGGCAACUCUUGGAUCAAAAGCAGUUAUUUACCCUGCAGAAACCUUUUGAGUGGCAUACAGUGGAGGAUAUGUCAGUCAUCUCAGCCAUGGCUUUCAGUGAUUACCCAUCAGCUUUUAACAGGUCUCUCUCUGCUAGGCUAUUGCGCCAUUUUGCUGUGUUCAGCAUUCCUGCUCCCCAUGAUAAUGGUCUUAAAACUAUUGUUCAUGGAAUUCUAAAGGCAAACACCAGUAAACGUGACUCAACAGGAAUAGACCCUGAUCUCCACAACGCCUUGGUCUCAGUCUCAUGUGAUAUGAUGACAUCAAUCCAAGCUGUUCUCAAACCAACUCCCAUGGAUGGCCGUUGUCACUAUCUGUUCACUCUAAAAGACAUCACUCACUGUUUCCAGAGUCUGAGAAAACUGGCAGAUGAAAGUAAAGCAGAUGAAAUUAUGGUGAUUUCUUUCUGGCGUCAUGAACUGAUUAGGACUGUCAGAGAUAGGAUCAGUCGAACUUCUGACCUGAACUGGUUUGAUGACAAACUGAAUUCUUCUUUGGAGGAGACAUGGAAGGAAAAGACAGUAAAUCUUCAUGAGCAUUUUGUUACUUUCCCAAUUGAUGCUCGAGGGUUUCAAAGACCAGUGACAUCAAUAGGAUCAAAACAUAUCAAAGUGUCACUCCAGCCUGUUGAAAAAAUGAGUGACCUUCACAGCUGUCUCAAUACACAUUUGACCCGCUACAAUGAAGAGUUUGGAAAUGUCAGACUAAACAUUAUGCUGUCUGACUUUAUUAUCUCCCAUGUUGUAAGACUGCAUCGAAUACUUAGCUUCUCUCAUGGAGGCAACAUUUUACUAGUUGGUGCAGUAGGAUCUAAUCUUACCACACUAUGUCGGCUGGCGUUGCAUGUAGCAGAUAUUCCUAUUCACAAAAUGGACACCACAAAACAAACAAGCUUCUUUGAUGGCCUCCGCUCAGCUAUUAGACUGAGUGGAUCAGAAGGAAAAGUCAUCUCACUAAUGUUUACAUCAAGGGACUUAGAAGACCCAGUCCACCUUGAUGCCAUCAACAGCCUGAUGAUCAGUGGGGAGUAUCCACAUUUGUUUUCCAAUGAUGAAAUGGAAGGGCUACUGCAGGCCAUCCACCCAGCCAUGAAGAGAGAGGUUUCCAGCUCAACUGUUGAUCCAAUGAAAUUCUUCGUCUCAAGGGUCAAAAGCAACCUGCAUAUUUUAAUCUGUCUUGACCCCAACCAUGAACUGCUCAGAACAGCUGCAAUAAACUUUCCUGGACUACUGACUGGCUGCCAGAUGAAUUGGUUCUGUGACUGGCCACAGGAAACUCUUCUAGGAGAAGCUUCCUAUUUCCUUACAAAACACCAGCUGACUGAGGAUUUUGAAGAUCUGAGAGAAAGCAUCACAACAAGCUUGGCCAACAUCCACAGUUUUGUACUGCGUGACUGCAAGCAGAUGCCAUGGGCUGGUGAUGUCAGCACAACCAUCUCCAUGACAACCAUCAAAGUACAUGAGAAGAAGAAGGACCAGCUUAAAUAUCAAACAGACAAUGUUCCCAACAUACCAUAUUCUAAAGUUAUCUUACAAGAAAGAAUCAGAUUGAAUCACAGAGAUUCAAGUAAAGCAAAAAAUGAAGUUUACAUUGGGCCUACAACCUACAGAAGGUUUAUGGAAACUUUUAGAUUUUUGUAUUCCCUCAAAUCUGAUGACAGAACAAGGAGAGUGGAACAACUCAAAAAAGUGAUAACAACCUUAGAUAAAACAAGAGUUGAUGCUAAAGUUAUGAAGAAAGCAAUUAAGACAUUGAAUCAGAAAUUUGAAGGAGCCCAAAAAAGCACUUCUGAGCUGCUCAAGAAGUUAACACUCAAGGCAACAACUUUAGAGAAACUGAAAGCUAAAGUUGGUUUGAGCAAGUCCCUGGAUGCUUAUCUACAGUUGACUGAGAUGGAUGUGGAGGAGGAAGAAGAAGAUGAGUUGUUAAAAGAAGAAGAAUAUGAUGAAUAUGAUGCUGAGUUUGAUCGGAUGAGGGAAGCGAAUUUGAAAACUCGCCAGGUUCAAGCUAAAGAUGAAUUAACACUGGCGCAGUCUCAAGUUGAACAGUGCCGUGGCAGCUUGGCAUAUGCAAAACAGCAGGUAAAUUUCUGGAGAAACAAGGUGGAUCGAGGUGUUAUUGAACAUGUGAGAGCCUUCUCCAACCCACCUAUCCUUGUAGGGCAGAUCAUUGAGAUGGUGAUGGUUCUCAUUGGUAAAAAACUGCCAUCCCAACGGAUAUCUGAGUCCAACAGAGAAGCCAACAGUGGCAAAGAUGACAUGUCCUCACGCAUGUCCACAAGCUCCGGUGGGACCAAACCUAUUGUCAAAAAAGCAAAACCUAAAGAAGCUGGUGACAAAUUUGACAAGGCACAAUGGAAAAGUAUGCAGCAGACAAUGUCAGACUCUGUCAAAUUUGUGGACAUGCUGCACAACCUUUCCUGGGAGGAUGGCUUGCCCAAUGAUGUAUUAGCUGCUGUUGAAAGUUAUUUGGCAUGCAGUAAAGAAGGACAGUUAGGAGUCACUGGAGAAGGUAGUCUGCUUGACAAUGCACAAGAAAAGCAAUUUUUAGCAAUCAAACAAAGGUCAUCAUCUCCUGGAGCCAGAUCUGGCCUGACAAUUGCGGGUGCCAAGUAUGCCAGUGAGGACUGUGCCACUCUGGUGCACUACACUAUUGCCAUUGUUGAGUACUCAAGACUCUGUGGACCUCUAAAAUCAUCCCUGGAGAGAAUGCAUGAACUAGAGAGGGAGAUUGAAGAAAAUGAGAGACAGCAGAAGCUUCAGGAAGAAGAGUCCAAAGAAGAAGAAAACACUAAGCAAGCAGAUGAAGAUGAUGAAGAUCUGUCUGAAGCUGACCUUCCCAGAAUUCAGCAGGAGGUCAGCCAGCUCCAAGCCCAGUUUGAUCAAGCUGUGAUUGAGAAACAUUCUCUACAAACAGAGUUGCAUUCUAUGAAUGAACGCCUGAAGUCAGCUAUAGAGCUUGUUGAUAGUCUGAAAUCUCAAGAGAGCAAAUGGAGACAGGAAGUGAAAGACAAUGACAGCAAUGAACUUCUUUUGGCCAAUUGUAUUGGUGCAGCUGGGGCUCUCACUUACUGUGCACCUGUCAAUAUAGACACCAGGCGCAGAAUGGGCGAAUUCUUUAUGCAAGUUUGUGAGCAUCAUGGUCUACCACUUCAUAAACAACAGCUGUUUAGAAACAUGGAGCUCAUUGAAUUUUUGCACACUCCUCUUGAUAUUAUUGGGCUGCAGCAGAAGCAGCUGCCAACAACAAGAUUGAUGUUGGAAAAUGCUUGUUUCCUGAUGCAAGAUGAAAGUGUCACUGCCUGGCCACUCAUAUGUGACCCCACGUCACGUGUCAUUGAUUGGCUCAAGUUGUAUUACACAGGGAAGAGCUUAGUGGAGGUCAAAUAUCAUGAAAUCCGCUCACAACUAGAGAACUGUUUGUCUGAUGGAACUGCUUUACUAGUGACAGAUUGUGAUUUACUAGCUCUGGAGAAAGACAGGAGAUUCAUCGACACAAUACAAAACUGCACAGCAUUUAUUAAUGGCAAAUCAAGAUUUAAAAUAGUUGUAACUGACCAUGAGGUAGAAUGUGACCCAAGAUUCCGCUUGUUUCUACACACAACAAGUGAACCCCACACCUGCCCACUGCACCUUGCAGCUUGCACAGCUGUCACCUUCUACCAGCAGUCACGAGCUGAUGUUGAGGAGGAGUUGUUGGAUGCUUUUAUGAAACAGGAAAAAUCAAGGCUGGAAAAUGAACAAACUGCUCUGAGAGAGGAAAAACAAGAAAACCUUGGAACAAUUCAAAGACUUGAAGAGCAAAUGAAAGAGCAACUUUCUUGUGAUGUUAGGCUGAUGAAUGAUCUACAGGCCACCAAGAAAAUUGCAGAACUGAAGAAACAAUAUGAAGAAACACUAGAAAGUCAAGCUCGUGUUCAAGCUGGUGAAGAUUCCAUUUUAAAAGCCAGAGAAGGUUUCAGAGCUAUAGCUCAAAGGGCAGCUGUGUGCUUUGACACUACGCAAUAUUUGAGAGACAUAAACAUACUUUACCAGACUUCUUUUAAGCAGUUUUUAUCACUCUACCUAGCUGCUAUAGCACAUUCUGAAAGAUCUGCAAUGAAAGCUGUUAUUGACAGAUUAACUUACAGUGCUUUUUCAACAACUGCCAGAGGAAUAUUAGAGAGAGACAGACAAGUUUAUGCUCUUCUUCUUGCCAUUGAGGUUGAGGAUUCUCUUGGUAACUUAAAUCCUGGUGAGAGGGAAUAUGUUAUCUCCCCUAACUUCAGCUCUGUAGUAAUGUCAGCCAUAGCAACCAAUGCCACACCUGAUCCGCAUGUCAUGCAGUCCAAGAAACCUUUUGAUUGGAUGGCGGAUGAGCAGUUUCACAACUUACAAGUUUUAGCAAAUCAUUUUGAGUGGUUCAGGGACAUGUUUGACAGAAUGCCUAAGGAUGGGAGGGAAACUCAGUGGAGAAACUUAUGUGAGAGUGAACAGCCUGAAAAUGUUCCACUCCCAGACAAAAUGGAUGACGUGCUCAAAGCCAUACAGAGGCUGUGUAUUGUCAGGGCUGUAAGGAAUGAUCGUUUGCUGCAAGCCAGUUCCUACUUCGUUAGCUGUGUUCUUGGCAAAAAGUACAAUGCAGACAUCUCCAUAGACCUGCCCACCGUUGUAAGACAGAGCACACCAAAUCUACCCAUCCUGAUCUUGUUUAGCACUGAAUCAGAGCUGACCACAAAAACCUUUCAGGAGUUUGCCAGCAAGAAACAGCUCCGGUUCCAGUCACUCAUGCUCACAGACAACAGCACCUCAGAUGAGAAGGUUGUUAAGAAACAUAUUCUUAAAGGAAUGACUGAGGGCAUGUGGAUUCUUCUACACAAUGCUCAUAACUGCCCUCGACUACUGAGCUCACUAGAGUCAAUACUGAAUGAGAGCAUCCAACAGUGUGAUCCCAACUUUAGACUUUGGAUUUCCUCCCAUGUCAGCUCUUCCAACAUACCAGUCAGACUCUUACAGAACACAAUCAGGGUUUAUAUUGAUUCACCAAAGGUAAUGAAAGAUUGUCUAAUUCGCAAUAUGACAUGGAUGGAGCCAGAUAUUUUAAGACAGUCCAGCAGGCCAGAUUGGCCGGCAAUGUUGCACAACUUGUGCUAUGUUCAUGCUGCCAUUCACUUGAGGACCAGAUUUGGUUCUGGUGGAUGGAACUUGCCUCAUGAAUUUUCUAACAUUGGAUUCCGUGAACUUCAGGAAGCUGUCAACUUUACUGUUGGUGAAUUUCGUGAUUUAUUAUUCACAAUGGCGGCAGAUGGGUCCAUGGCUCCUCGAACAACAUCAUGGACGGGAAUCAGAUUUAUGUUAUCUGAGAUAAUCUAUGGAACUCACAUAACAGAUGCAUUUGACCAGCAAAGCUUGAGUGCACUAGUUGAGUACUGGUGUACACCUAAUGCUGUUAAAAAAGAUUUUGAAGUUGCAAGAUUGAAGUACAAAGCACCAGCCGCUUUCUUCAACCCCAAUGUCCGUCUCAACACUUUAAUCCAAUCCAUGGAUGGAAUCACUCAACAUUUCCUUGAAGUUCCAGAAGCUUGUCACCUACAUCCUAAUAUUGAGACUCUACUGGGUGAUGACCAGUACAUUUUUACUAGGCUAAAUAAAAUAUUUGACUCAAUGCCUGCUACUCCAACUUUGUCACAUAAACUGUUUCCUAGACCACCAACACCUUUCUCAGCACGUUUACCUACCUCUAAAACGGUAGUUGAGAAUAAUAAAGAAUUUGUGUUACAAACAGGUCCAGCUUUGGCCAAUAUCAGCAGCCAGAGUAACAACCCACUAGUUGUUGACCAGGGUGUGUUUAGUACUGCCAGUUAUGCUACCUACAAGUUGAGGAAAGACAUGGAAUUAUGGGAGAUAUGUCACACCAUGCUACAAAAAGUUCCCAAGGCCUACAACAAGGAGUAUAUCAUAGAGAAGGUGAAAAAAGUUGGAGGAUUUACCACAUUCAACAACUUCAUCAUGAAAGAAAUUGAGAUUAUGUACAAGCUUCUAAAUGAGAUUAGGUCCAGUUUGCAGACCAUUAAAAAUGCAUCAGAGAGUGAUGUCCUGGGUGACCAAAUGUCUCAGUACACCUUAGAAGUGGCAGAUGACAUCUAUCACCUGAGAAUUCCAGAAGCCUGGUGUAGGAUGUCAGGUUACUCUGCCCCGCCUCUGACAUACGGUAUGGGCCAGUGGCUUGUGGAACUACAAAACAGAUGUUACCACUUUGAGAAAAUCUUGUCACUGGGUCGUGACAAGAUGCCAGCCUACUGGCUUGGUGCUUUCUUUAACCCCAGGGGCUUGCUCUCACUAAUGAAACAAGACAGUAUUAGAAACUUCGGCAAUGACAAACUAGGAAACUUUGAGCUUUUCACAUUCCAAACAGAAGUGACUUCAAGGGACAAAGAUCAUCUAAGAGACCCACCACAAGAAGGCAUGUUUGUGUGGGGAAUCUAUCUGUGGGGCUGUGCCUGGGAGAAGACAACUGGGGAGCUGCAAGAUUUACCUCCCCGCUCUGGCUGUGCAGCACUUCCUGUUGUCCACAUCACAUGCUGGCCAAUCAAUGACAAGCCUGCAUUGCUGGACAGCACUCGUGCAUCAGAAACCUACCAGUGCCCAGUCUACCACUCACGCCUGACUAGACAGGAAGUUGUCCUUGAGAUGGAUGUGAGAAGAGAGGGUGUGCCGUCAUCAAGAUGGGCCCUACGUGGUCUAGCAGCAACUAUUAGACCUUACUAAAAGAGAAAACUACAAUCUUUAUUUGUGUGCUAAAAUUUUGAAAUUAAACCCUAAAAGAUAAUGAAAAAAAAAGUUAACUGUAUAUAAUAACUAUUGAAUAUUAAGUAAAAAAAGCAAAUCUAGCAUAUUUUAGUUGUUGUGACAAUUUUAAAAACCACCUCUAUGAAAUAGAAUCAGUUGUACAAACCUUGUAGCUCUGAUUAAUGUAUAUUGUUAUAGUUAUAAAAAAGAUUUAUGUGAUACUAAUAUUUAUGAUUUCAUAAUUUUGAUGGCAACUAUAAUUGUCCCUGGAUAAUAAAUACUGUUAUUGAAUUGGCAGCAAAUGUGCUAGUAUUCAAAGUAUUAAUUUAUAUUAUAAAUUUCAAUAUUAGAACCAUACAAGUAUUAAGCAAUAAGUUACUUUGAGUGCAGUUAUUUUAUUUACUCAUUGGUUUAUGUAAUUGUGUAUCAAUACAUUUGUGUAAAUUAUAAAUACAAUAAUGAAGAUUGUCAACUCUUUUGUGAUAUAUAUAUAUAUUUAUUUUAAGUAAUAUAUUUAUUAAACUCAUUGUGUUAUUGUAGUGUAUUUAAAGAUUUUUUUGUUUCUUAAUGAAAUAUAUGAAUGCCAUACAAUUUUAGAAAGAUGUUCAG